GUAGGUAGAUGGUAGAUCAGAUCGAGUGGAGCCUACCUAUAAAUUGAUUUUCUUUCUGCGAUUUUAGUGGUUCAAGUAGCUUUGUUUUAGGAAGUGAAGACUUCUUUGUGUAGAUAUUUGAAAAUAUGACUGCGCCUGAAACUGAACGAGUUCCCGAAAAUGGCUCAGAAUGUGAUACAAAUGAUAACAUCUCGGAUAGCAACGAAAACUACGUUAGAAAGAAAACUAGAAAACGAGGAAUCAUAUAUUUAUCUACAAUACCUCCGUUCAUGAAUGUCGCUAAAAUACGAGAAAUAUUUAGCGAGUUUGGUGACGUGGGAAGGAUAUUUUUACAACCAAGUGGAAAAAUAGGUGAGAAAAGAAAACGCGUACCUAAUCAGUUUACAGAAGGGUGGGUAGAAUUCGAAAAGAAAAAAGUAGCUAAAGAAGUAGCUGCUAAACUCAAUAAUACAAAAAUUGGCUCUAGGAAAAGGUCACGUUAUUAUGACAUGAUUUGGAACCUCAAAUACAUUCCAAGGUUCAAGUGGGUACAUCUGAGUGAAAGGCUGGCAUAUGAAAGAGCCGCUAUCAAGCAGAGAUUGAGGGCUGAGAUAUCACAGGCUAAGAAGGAGGCCCAUUACUUGCAGAGCAACGUGGAAAAGAGUAAAAGGAUGAAGAAAAAGAAAGUUGCUGUCGACAAAUAAACGUUUAUUAUUAAACUUUGUUUGAUUUA